AUGGCAAUGAGUUCGCCGCAUACGCAAUUAUUACAAUCAUUUAGAAAACUCGUUCCACCACUACUAUUUGAUGGACAUAAAGGUGAAGCUGGUCGUAUUGGUGUUGUCGGCGGAAGUGAAGAAUAUACGGGCGCACCGACUUUUGCAGGUAUGACAGCAUUGCGAACAGGUGCCGAUAUUGUUCAUAUAUUUUGUGCCAAAAAUGCUGCUAUACCAAUAAAAAGCUUUUCACCUGAUCUUAUUGUGCAUCCACUUCUUGAUUCAAAAUCUUUCUCGGAUGACAUAGGCAAAUGGCUGCCACGUUUGCAUGCUGUAGUUAUUGGUCCAGGAUUAGGACGCGACGAAAAUAUCUUGUCAAAUGUUGAACAAUUAAUUGGUAUUUUACGUAAACAAGAUAAACAAAUACCACUUGUAAUUGAUGCUGAUGGCCUGUUUUUAAUCACUGAAAAGCCGCAUAUUAUUAAUAGUUAUGAAAAUUGUAUAUUAACACCAAAUAUUGCAGAAUUUGAACGUUUAUAUGAAAAAGUAACAGGUGUAAAAUCUGAAGAAAUAAAACAAGAAACUGAUAAGAAAAAAUUAGCGCAAAAAUUAGCUGAAACACUUCGUGUUAAUAUUCUUAUGAAAGGACGUGUAGAUACAAUAUCUUCGCCGAAUAAUCAAACACCAAUUCAAUGCGCUAUUGAAGGUUCACCAAGAAGAUGUGGUGGCCAAGGAGACUUAUUAUCUGGAGCGCUAGCUAUUUCAUAUUAUUGGGCACUAAAAAAUCGUGAUAAUAUUCAAUAUCAAUCAUCGAAUUCCGAAAACUCGCCGAUCAAUACCGAAUAUAUAAAUGAUUACUCGAAAAUAACUCCAGCUCAAAUAGCUGCUUAUGCUACAUCAACACUUAUUCGUACUUCUAGUCAAACAGUUUUCAAAAAACUUGGACGAUCAAUGAUUAGUACAGACUUAUUAAAAGAAAUUGGACCAACAUUUAAUAAACUUUUCGAGAAACAAGAUUAA